GAUGACUGCUAAGAGCAGAGAGGACGGAUGGCGGAUUUCACACACUCCACCAGCAGAAUCAGCAGCAGGCAGCCUGGGAUGUUUUCAUUCCCUUCCUUUGGCUGCAGGGAGGGCUCUGCACUGCCAGGCACUGGGAGGACUGACAAGCAGAAGAAGAAAUCUUUUUAUUUAGUGAGGAUGAAACCGCUGAAAGAACCCACAAACAACAACGUGUCCUUUGUCAUCCACUGUCACAUAGGCAAGGAGAUCAAGCACAUUUGCAGCAACUGCAGUAGAGGGGAGGAAGCCCGAGAGGCUGAAGAAGUAGAAAGACUGGCAGCAAUGCGGUCCGAAUCUUUAGUGCCCGGGACCCACACACCACCUAUUAGGCGAAGGAGUAAAUUUGCCACUUUAGGAAAACUUUUUAAGCCUUGGAAAUGGAGGAAGAAGAAAAGUGAAAAGUUUAAGCAAACGUCUGCUGCUUUAGAAAGGAAGAUAUCAAUGAGACAAAGCAGGGAAGAGCUUGUAAAGAGAGGUGUAUUGAAAGAAAUAUAUGACAAAGAUGGUGAUCUACAGAAUGAAGAAGGGAUGAUGGAAAAUGGUCAGGCUCACGGGACAGGCUCACCAUCGCUUCCUAUUAUAACAGAGCUGGAACCGUCUUCAGGAGAGACUUGUGCAUAUGAAGUGCUUCCGACCUCUGAACUCAUGGAUGGGACAGGUAGACAUAGUCAUCAUGCUACACCAUACCAGAGAAUUAACAUACAGGAUCAAGGAAUAACGACCAUUUAUUAUUUAUCUGAAGAUGCCUUGCCUGAAUCCCAGGAUCCAUCGUAUAAGCCAACCCUACUUCUACCCCCAAAAAAAUCUUCAGCUUUCCCUGUAGACCAUGAGGACACCCCAGUAAAACAACUAACGCUCAUCAAGCAGCCCCCUGCUCUGCCUCCUAAACCCAUUAACAGAAUUGCCAAUCACAUAGCAGACUCCAAACUGCCUUGUAUGCCAGGGAAAAUGUCUCCUCCACUACCUCCAAAGAAAGUCAUGAUAUGUGUGCCAUUAGGUGGGGCAGACUAUACCCACCCCUCCUACUCUAACCAGAAGAGCUCUCAGCAUCAUCAUACUGUGCUGCCUUCACAGCUAGCAGCCCAUCAACACCAGCUGCAGUAUGGUACCCAGCACCUGUCAACAGGACCCAGCUCUAUCCCUAUACACCCAUCCAUUCCACCAGGAUGCAGAGUGAUUGAAGAGCUUAAUAAGACCUUUGCAAUGACCAUGCAAAGACUAGAAAGCUCUGGCUUGCAUGGUGGAGAUGGCAUUUCAAAAUCAGGGCUUGGUAACUAUUCUGACAAGAGACAAGUGCCAACUGUAGUUAUUGAAUGUGAAGAUGAUAAAGAAAAUAUGCCUCAUGAUACAAUCUAUGACGACUCUUCGUGCCUCUACAACAGAGAUGAUGAAGAGGAUGAGGAGGAAGAUGAGGACGAAGAUGAUGACACUUCAUUAUAUACAAGCUCUCUGGCAAUGAAAGUUCUCAGGAAAGAUUCCUUGGCGAUAAAAUUAAGCAAUAGACCGUCUAAGAGGGAACUAGAAGAGAAAAAUAUCCUCCCUGUGCAGACAGAUGAGGAAAGACUCGAAUUAAGGCAACAGAUUGGGACUAAACUUACAAGACGACUGAGCCAAAGGCCAACAGCAGAAGAAUUGGAACAAAGAAAUAUCCUUAAACCUCGCAAUGAACAAGAGGAGCAAGAAGAAAAACGUGAAAUUAAAAGAAGGCUGACACGAAAGCUUAGUCAAAGGCCUACAGUAGAAGAACUGCGUGAAAAGAAAAUUCUUAUCCGUUUUAGUGAUUAUGUAGAAUUGGCAGAUGCACAAGAUUAUGACAGAAGAGCCGACAAACCAUGGACUCGACUCACAGCUGCAGAUAAGGCUGCCAUCCGUAAAGAACUUAAUGAAUUUAAAAGUACAGAAAUGGAGGUCCAUGAAUUAAGUAGACAUUUAACAAGGUUUCAUAGACCCUAGCAUUGAAUUCCAACUUCAAUACUUAACUGCUUUCAAAAAGGGAACCACAAGUGCUGGGAUACUUAAUUUCUCUUUUACUUAAAUGUAAAUCUUCAGAACUGCCUUCAUUUCUCUAGAGAAAAAAACAAACAGCAUUUACAUAAUGUUCUUUGUGGGCAAACUCCAUUUCCACUAGACCUUGAAACCAUAGAGACUUGUCUAACAGGAAUUGUUUCAUCAGCCAGCCUGUGGAUCUGUCUUGUCUGUACUCAGCGGAUGUUGCUCUUCCUCAAGUCUUGGACAUCAGCAUCAUCUGUCUUGCUGUUCGUGGUCUACAUGAAAAAAAAAUGCAAAGAAUCUGGAACCUUGUUAAAUAAAGGAGAUGUGUAAUGCAUAUGUUAGCCACCUUUCUGGAUGCAUUCAGCCAAAUCGUUUUGGGCUUUGUAGGAAACAAAAAAGAGGCCUAAAGUUGCACUACUUUAUUGUUGAGUUGAGCAUUCCCGGUUUCCUUUAUCUCAUCUUCCAUGCCAGAGACAAGUUAAUUUCUGAAUACUAUUUGUAUGAUAAAAUGGAAACGUACUCAUCAUACAUAAAAUAAAUAUCUGAGUGAUGGGGCCAUAUACAAUGGCCAGCAACAAGUUACUUUGGAACUAGUUCUUUCCAUUCAAACAUCCUUAUAUAUAUUUUCCCUUGGAGUUUAAUCCGGGUCAGUUAUUAAAAUCCGUAAAUAAGAGCCAAUCACCUGUGUAUACAAAGGUCAUCAAGAAAUAAAGUGGCCCUCAUUUUAAAGUAUGCUGUGUAGAGUCUGGUGCAUAUAUCCUGUGCUCAUCACGGUAAUGUUGCUCAAUGAAAAUUUGGUAAAUGAUAAAGACCAUUUAUAGCUUUUAUUAGUUGGAAAGGCUUGACCAACUCAUGUUUUAAUGUCAUUUAUUUUCUAAAAAUAUGAUAUUGAUCAUGUUUCUAUUUUCAUUAGUAUUAUAGUGCGCCUCUUAGGAAAAGUUUCAUAAAAGAUUGGUCAAAUUAAGGUGAAAGCGCCACACUGUAUUUUCCCAGCAUUUCUCUCUGGUAAUGUUUAAUACUAUGAAAUAUAAACAAUGUUAAACUAGCCUGGAAGCGCCAAAACAUAGUUUUAAAAGAAGAGUCAGUAUAUUUUUAAAAAAAGUGCUUUGUUUAUGCAAGUAGCCAACUGUUAUAUCACUUUAUCAGAAUUAUAUAUGUGCCACUGUAGCAGCCUAAUACUAUAUGAAAUAUAUCCUAAUAACCAAUGUUGGAAUGUAUAGAUCCAAGUUGGGGGAAAAGUUCACUAAAUGUGCAUAAAAGGUGUACAUUCAACCAUCUGUUAAAGCAUAUUUUCCUUGACAAAAAAUUCCAUAUUUUAUGUAUUUGUUGCUGGUCAUGUACUCAGCACUAACAAUAUGUUCCAUUUCAUUUGUCUUUUUUCAUAAAGAUAUUUUUACAGAAUAUCUGUAAGUCACAAGCAACAUCUGGCCAUAGUAUUAGUGUGCAUAUUUUUUUCUUGGUUUUAAAGGGAUAUGAAACUCAAAAAAAUAUUUAUAUUGUGAUUCAGACAGAGUAUAACAUUUUUUAAAAAAAAGUUUCCAAUUUACUUUUAUCAAAUGUACUUAGUUUCCAUUGUAUUCUUUGUUGAAGAGAUGCCUAAGUAUAGUACUGCCAUCUAGUGCUCUUGCAAAUGGAUAAUAUUCUUGCAAAACUGCUGUCAAAUAGUGCUCCAGACGUGCGCACUUGUGAGCUUAGGUCCCUGCUUUUCAACAAAAGAUUGGGGUGUCCUGCCCCUUUCAGGGGAUGGGAUGUGAUUACGCUUGUAAAUUAUUAAAAAGCAUAGAAAACUUAUGACUUUUUUUAAAAAAUCUUAUGACAAUAUUUAAAUUAAAAAAUACCACUAGUCUUUAAGGAGAAUGUGUAGGAGAAAAUAUUGAAUAGAAUGUUGUAAUAGUAUCUACUACACACAAUCAAUAGAUGCCAUAGAGUUGUCAGGAAGUUAGUUGGAAUUACAUUUUUUUAAACUAUAAUCAGCACUUCAGUUGAAUUUGUAUUUGCACCUGAUAUAUCAUUUAAAUUAAGCUUACUGUACAUGUGGAAGAAUGGCUGAUUAUUACAAAUAAAUGGUUAAUAUGUAUUUAACCUGGAUUCAAAUCUCUAGCGAGUAAUGCAAAUGUCUCAUAUUUAAAAUGUGACUGUGCUUAAGAAGUUCACACUUAAACAACAUGUUAUGUUAAAAAAUUCUGUUUCCUGAUUUGAUCUAUUAUAAGUACCAGUGGAAUUCAGAAAUCAAUUCUAAAAGGAUAACCACUUGUCUCCAGAUAACAGAGACAGGUUCUAUCCAUCCCUAAAUGAAUGUAGUGAAAUAUCAGUAAAGGAAAAUUAAAGGGAUACUAAACCUACAUUUUUUCUUUUAUGAUUCAGAUAGUGUGCAAUUUUAAGCAACUUUCUAAUUUACUCCUACUAUCAAUUUUUCUUUGUUCUCUUGCUAUCUUUAUUUAAAAAGCAGGGAUUUAAAGCUUGGGAGCCAGCCCAUUUUAGGUUCAGCACCAUGGAUAGCCCUUGCUUAUUGGUGGCAACAUUUGGCAAACCAAUAAGCAAGCAUAACCCAGGUUCUGAACCAAAAAUGGUCUGGCUCUUAAAGGGACACUGAACCCAAUUUAUUUUCUUUCGUGAUUCAGAUAGAGCAUGCAAUUUUAAGCAACUUUCUAAUUUACUCCUAUUAUCAAUUUUUCUUUGUUCUCUUGCUAUCUUUAUUUGAAAAAGAAGGCAUCUAAGUCUUUUUUCGUUCAGUACUCUGGACAGCACUUUUUUAUUGGUAGAUUAAUUUAUCCACCAAUCAGCAAGAACAACCCAGGUUGUUCACCAAAAAUGGGCCGACAUCUAAACUUACAUUUUUGCAUUUCAAAUAAAGAUACCAAGAGAAUGAAAACAUUUUUAUAAUAGGAGUAAAUUAGAAAGUUGCUUAAAAUGUCAUGCUCUAUCUGAAUCACAAAAGAAAAAAAUUGGGUUCAGUGCCCCUUUAAGCUUUACAUCCCUGUUUUUUAAAAAAAGAUAGCAACAAUUUUAUAAUAAGAGUAAAUUAGAAAGUUGCUUAAAAUUGCAUGCUCUAUCUGAAUCAUUAAAGAAAAAAAGUGGGUUUAGUGUCCCUUUAAAAUCAACGCAUAAUUCCCCAUUAAUGUAUACAUUAGUAAAAAUGAAAUAACACUUCGGCCCUGUGUGUAUUUGCAGUGAACUGUGCGUCUAUUGCCCGCAUGUACUAUUGUACAUCUGCUUGUGCAGCUGUGUGAGAGCAAGGCCUGUAAAUCACCACAAACAAGGGAGUUUGGUUGGUUUAUCUCUGCAACCUCAGAGACGGCAGAGAGGUUGGAAAGCAGCGAUGAUAUAACUGCUGCUUUACAACUUGUGGUAAGAGAGCCUGCAACACAAAGGGUCAAAAGCAGCAUCUGCUGUUUUGUACAUGGAUCUUUAGUAUACAUAAAUAUAUAUAUUGAUUUGGUUUUCUUUUGCUGUAAAAUGCUCUGAUUCUGCUGAAAAAUUGUGCAUAUCCGACACUUACUUAAGAGACUGUAGUUUAGAGUCUGCCCUUAUGUACGUUCCAAAUUGCCUAGCCCAGCAUCAUAAAAUACAGUGAUUGCUUAGACCAGUACACAAUUAUUCCUAACUGGUUACAAUAAAAUUAGUUAACAGCAGGGUCAAAAAAUUUGCAGUAUUUUUUAGCAAAGUUAGGUUACAUAGUUCGCUUUUUUUGUCCUUUGUAGGGAAUGUGAGACAAGUACAGUUUACACCAAAAGCAAGGAGGCAAAACAAACAAUGAAUGUAUACUGCAAUGCCGUUUCAUUUUCAUUAAUUAAUAUAUUCAUGAAGAAUUCAGUUUUCACUUUAUAAGGGACAUUAAACACUAAAUAAAUGCUAGGUAGAAUGAUUCAUUCAAAGAAAAGAUUAGUCUGAUAAUAACAUGCAGAUGUAUAUUUUAAAGUUUCAUUAGCUGUUUGAAUAUUGAGAAAAUAAGUGUAACGUUUUAGUGUCUAUAAAACAAUGGGAGUUGCCAUGUUGUAACUUAGGUUACCUUCUCUGCUGUGGCCAAUUAGGGACAGUUAUAAAUAGCUCACAAGAGUGUGCAGCCAAUUUCAGAAUGGAAUUGCAGGAAAAGGGGACAAAAUAAAUAAUUAAAGUAUAUUGCAGAGUUUUUUAUAUAUACAAUUUAUCAUUUUAUAUCACCAUCCAAAGUGUUUAAUGUCCCUUUAAUGGAUAUUGGAUAAUUAAUAUUGGAUAUUGUUAUCUCAGUUUGAGUGUGCUAAUGAAAACUUGACAUUUACCAAGGAAAAUAUGUAACUGUACGCUUAACGGCACCAAAUAUCUUUUUUACAGUAUGUUACUAUUAUUUGUAACCAAUGUAUUUAUUGUAGUUAAGUUAAUUUAUUCGGAGACAGUUGUGAAAUAGUGGUCCUGCAGGUCUAGUAAUGUAGUUACAUGUAGGAAGGUUUAGAGAAUAGACAGUUGUUUGUGAGACUGCCUGUUUUAAUUAGAGUCAUUUGAGCCUCAAAUAAAAUCUGUCUACAUCUUACUAAAUGUGUCUAUACUAGUGCAGGAGUACUCAGUGUUAUUGACAAACCUCACUGCAAAUGCUAAAGGAACACAGUCAAUACCCAAAAGUUUGACAUCAUUAUGAAAAAUCUUUUUAUGUCAUAUUUUUAGAUGAAUAAAAACCAAACCUUAAUAACUAUUUUGUUUUUGAAAAUGUUUAAUUUGUCCAUUAUUUGCUAUAAUGUUCUAGAUUCUUUUUCACAAGUGCUCAGAAGGUCUUGACAUUUCUGCAAUGCCACAGUAGAUUUUCAUUUUUUGUUCUCCAACAGUGUUUAAAGGGGACAGUGUAAUUUAAAAUUGUCUGCCCUGCCAUUUAAUGUGUUCCCAUUGAUCCAUUUUACCUGCUGGAGUGUAUUAAAUAGUUUACAAAUAAAAACUUUACCUUUAUUUUGGCAUUUGAAAAUAAAUAUUUUUGCCCGUUGUAUCCCCAUAUUUACUCAAAUUUUCAGUGUUAUAGAAAAGCUAUGUAAACAAGAAUAUGCCAAAUAAAUUACACUCCCCCUGGGGAGGUUAGAGCUAUUAACAUAUUAGUUUUCAAUUGCUCUCUUUAAGUACUAUUUUUUUGUGUAAACAGACAGAGAUAAGGUAAUGGGCAAUUCUCCAUAGACAUAAAGAUACGAUAAGGGUGUCUGUUUUCCAAAACAUUUCAGCCAUUUAAAUGGGUUGUCAUUUUUACUAGCAAAAACAGCUAUUUCAUAUAAAAAAUCUUAAAGGAGUAAUGUCCCCUUUAUUAUAUACUAUGCAGCUGGUAUAACAAGUCUCAAGAAACUCAUUAAGGGGAAACCAAUUUUACUGUACACUGUCCCUUUAAGAGAGCUGGCUGAAAGUGCACCUAUGGUACCAAAAACAUAAAGUCCAUUCCAUCAAAGUACACUCAGCAGAAAACUAAAUGGCUGCAGGAAACCAGAAUAAUAGUAAAAAUCACUGGAAGCUUAUCACUAAGAAAGUGACAGACUAUUCUAUAAAUAAUAAACAUAUACAUUUUAGCAGAUAUAGGUUUCAUUUUUUAUCAUCUGUUUAACGUCACAGAGAGCCAAAGUGCGUGUGGCAUCUUAUUUCAUGCACACCAGGUUUAAAAAUAACUUACGACCCACCCUAUAAUCAAUCAUCCUGUAGUAUCUUUUUAGUCUACAAAAAGCUCUCUGCUUUUUUUGGUUUUACAGUAAAGAAAAUACUGUCCAUAAAUAGUGUUCUCAGCUUUUCUGGAAGAAAAUACUGGCCUAGCUUAUAAGCAUAAAUAAUGAUAUAGCAUUAAUCAGGAACUAAUUCCUGUACAAUUAGAAUAAGUUUGACCUUGAUAGUGUCUUUAUUUUUAUAUUUAAUAUUCAUUUUCAACUUUGACCUGAACUUCAUAAAUACUGGCGAUGUCUGUAAAAUACUGACUGGGUGGCAAACCAAUACCAUAAAUUUUAUGGUCAUUUUUAAGGUAUCUAUAAUUUUUUUUUUGUGUUUAGAUAAAUAUAGUUUAAAAACUAUCUAAAUGGUAUUUUCCCACAUAGUGGCUGUUCCUUUCAUUUAAAAAGAAGCAAAUAUAUCCACAUUUACUAUAUAAAAAAACAUGAUUAGCUAGGUUUCCUUUAGCUAUUUUCCAAUUCAUAAAAAUCUAUUGUAUUUUUUCCCCAAAAAGCUCACAGAACUUUGUUAUAAGCCUCCUUAAGUACACAGAGAGUUCAUUAAAUUUAAUCUCUGUGUUUUCAUAAAUGCCAAUGACCAACUAUAUUUAAAUCUUCUCUAAAACUCAGUUGAAAUUUGAAGUAUUAAAGUGAAUCACAAUGAUGUAAUUUUAUAUUUCUCUCUAGUUGUAAAACAAAAGUUGCUUAUUAAUCUGGGCAUAUCACUUUAAAUAAGUGACUAAAGCUUCUAGAGUGUAAUUUUUGUAUAUUGAAUAUUUUUUUUAUUAUUAUUUAUGUGUUUAAAUGUUUGGAUGAUAAAAAUUGCUUGUUUUUUUAAGAAAAUCACCAUUUUGUGCAACAGCAGAAUAACUAAUGGUGGUAUUGAUAUUUAAAUAUAUUUACAGUUUUCAGCCCCUAAGCACAACAAUGUACAGCACAGACUGCAUUAACCUCUUAAGGAUAUAUGACGGAAUUUUUCCGUCAUAAAACAAUUAAGCAAACUGAAAGCUGUGUCCUUAAAGGGUUAAAUGGACACUCAAACAUUUCAAAAUCAAUUAGAAACAUUCCUGCAAUAGCUUUUGCAAAAACUACUUAAAUAAAAAGUCAUUGUUGUUAAUACUGUAACUGUUUUUAUGUGCAUACACUUUUAUCUCCCCCAUAUGUUCUUAGUUUUAAUAAUGUACAGGUACAAAUCACCAAUUCCAAAAUCUCUAAUAAUUCCAAAAUCCAGACUUUUUCAUUAUUAUUAUUAUUUUAAAAUAAAAUUAUUAAAAUGUACCAUUUUACCCCACAAGUCACAAUCUUCUCUGCUUGCAUUGUUGGUUUAGUUUUUGUGUUCUAAAAUGCAAAUGAUAGUCUAUAUUUAUUUAAAACAACAGCUAUUACCUUUCUGCUUACAUUACUGUACUAUCUUUCUGAUUGUAUUAUGCAUAAAAAAGUAUUAAACGUGAUAUAAAACUACCUUUAAGUUGCAUGUAUAAGCUAUAUUAUGACAUGUAAAUACAGGUAGCCCUCAGUUUACGCUGGGGUUAGGUUCCAGAAGGAAUGGUUGUAAAUUGAAACCGUUUUAAAUUGAAACCCAGUUUAUAAUUUAAGUCAAUAGGAAGUGAGGGACUUAGGUCCCAGUCCCCUCUCAAAAUUGUUAUAAGUAACACCUAAUACAUUAUUUUUAAAGCUUUGAAACGAAGACUUUAAAUGCUAAACAGCAUUAUAAACCUAAUAAAAUAGGAUUGUAUCAUCAUCAAACUAAGUUUAAUGAACAAAAACAUUUGCUAACAGCACCUAAUAAAAUUAUCACAUAAACAUAGACUGUAUCAUCAUCAAUCUAAGUUUAAUGAACAAAAACAUUUGCUGAACAGCACCUAAUAACAUAAUUACACAACAGGCUGUACCAUCAUCAAACUAAGUUUAAUGAACAAAAACAUUUUUUUACUUGACUUUUUCUGCAAACAGUUCUCUGCAUUGAGUCUGCAGCUAAGGGAAGUGGCUGUAGAUCUUGUUCCUUUGAAAGCUGAUCCAUUGAUCACGUCUGGCUUGUUUGGCUUUGCAUCUCUUUGCUGCAACACAAGCGGACAGCUCCACUUACUGGCUAUUUUAAUGAAUGCACUGCUUCUCAAUGCUUUUCAAUAGCAGUCACAUGACUGUAAAAAAGCACGUUAUUCUAAAACGGCGCAAAUUAAACCGUUGUAAACCGAGGGCCACCUGUAUUGCCUAAAUGACAUAAGAUUACAGUUGGUCCCGUCUCCAAGCUUUCCUAUUGAACAGAUGAAAAUAUCCAAGUAUUAAAAAUUAAAUAAAAAUAUCCAAACCUUUUUCAGUCCCAAGCAGUUUGGAUAAAGGGUUUUGUACCUGUACGAGCAAAUAUCAGCAAAGUAGUACAAGAACAUUAUUUCUAAUUGUAGCAGUGACAAUAUUUUUUUUUAUAAAAGGAUUUUUGCAAACACAUACUGUAUAUUUCAUAAGAAAGUGUUUCAAAUUGUACUGCGAUGUGUUUCUAUUUUGUAUGUUCAAUUAAUUAGUAUGUUCUUUAAAGAGACAGUCUACUCCAGAAUUUGAAUUGUUUAAAAAGAUAGAUAAUCCCUUUAUUACCCUUUCCCCAGUUUUUUGGAUAACCAACACGAUAAUUUUAAUAUACUUUUUACAUCUGUGAUUACCUUGUGUGUAAGCCUCCGCAGACUUCCCCCUUAUCUCAGUUCUUUUGACAGACUUGCAUUUUAGCUAAUCAGUGUUGACUCAUAAAUAACUCCAAUGGAGUGAGCACAAUGUUGUCUACAUGGCACACAUGAACUAGCACUAUAUAGCUGUGAAAAUUUGUCAAAAUGCACUUAGAAAAGAGGUGGCUUUUAAGGGCUUAGAAAUUAGCAUAUGAGCCUACCUAGGUUUAGCUUUCAACAAAAAAUACCCAAGAGAACAAAGCAAAUUUAAUGAUAAAAGUAAAUUGGAAAGCUGCAUGCCCUACCUGAAUCAUGAAAGUUUAAUUUUGACUUGACUGUUCCUUUAAGCACAUUUAUAAAAAUAAAAUGGAAAAAAAAAUACAUUCUUUUUUAAAAAGUUCACAUAAAUAUACCCUUAUAACAGACCAUCAAUAGCCCCUUGUUUUAAAGCCCCUGUUAAAAAUAAAGCCCCUAUAUGUGUUAAUAGCCAGGUGAUCACUGGUGUAAUCGUGAUCACCUGGUGUGAAGAAAUGUGCAUUCAUUUGCAUAGAGGCUCAUGGGAGCCCUUAGCGCAGAUCAAACUUACAUAACUAUAGUGAAAGGUCUUUUUUUAUUUUUUUAUAAGAGGAUAACCCCUUCUUUGUACUAUAGAGUUUAGGAGGGGAAAAAAAAACUAUUGUUUAUUAAUUAGAAAUGCAUUUUCCACACUUUUUUAUGCAGGUUUCUUACACUUCAUGAUAUAUACAUAACAAUGGUAUAUUUUGAAUCUGCUGGGUCUCCUGAAAAAAAAAAGAUAUAUUUUUUCAGCUUCUCGGUAGGGCUUAAAUGUGAGCAGCAUCUAAAAACUGCAAAACAGUUCAGCACAGGGGUAGAAAUGGCUCAGCAGUUAAAUGGUUAAACAACUUUCUAAUUUACUUUUAUUAUCAAAUAUUCUUCAUUCUCUUGGUAUCUUUUGUUGAAAAAAGCUCAGGAGUGUGCAUGUGUCUAGAUCCCUAUAUGGCAAGAGUUUUGCAAGAAUGUUAUCCAUCUGCAAGAGCACUAGUUGGCAGCACUAUUUCCUGCCAUGUAGUGCUCCGGACACCUACCAUGAUAUCUUUUCAAUAAAGAAUACUAUGAGAAUGAAGCAAAUUUGAUAAUAGAAGUAAACAGAAACUUGUUUUUGUUUAAAUUGUAUGCUCUCUCUGAAUCACAAAAUAAAUUAUUAUUUUGGGGGUUGCAUAUCCCUUUAAGACGAUAACACAAAUGUGAAAGUGUAACUGGAGGAUGCUAUUGUUAAUUUAUUUUUAUUUUUUUCCCUUUUUUGUUAUUUUUAUGUUUUAAUGAGGACGAUGUCAAGCGCUUACAUGUUCUGUGCAGGCAAGCUGGACAAUUGAAUAUGCUGAAUAAUAAAGAAUAUAAUGUCCUUAAAUUGUUAUGCUGUAAUUUUACAUUUAACACAUACAGGGGGGGAAAACUAAGUGUAUUCUAAGCAAUAUGACAAACGUGAAUAAGAAAUAUUUUGAUAUCAGAUACACCACUACCUAUUUAUGGUUUCUUUAAAAUCUGCUUAUAUUAAUUGUAACAACUGUUUUUGAAGUGUUUUGGCAUCUGUGCUUAAUGGUACAAUCAUAAUGAGACUGCUGAUACAAAGCUUUGGUUACAAAGAAGGAAAACUGUAAACCCGUACACAAUACAAUAAACAUUGCCUGUUGCA